CUCGUGGUAGGUACCUACCAAGUUAUUAUGUAAAAACCUUCAAAACUGUUUUAACUAGGUGUAUCGUGGUUUUAACUGUGUAGUAGGAAACAAACAACUGAUGAGUAAACAAACAAAAAUUAAUUAGCCUACCGAAAAUAUAUUUCAAAAAGUACGAGGUCGCGGGAGAGUUGUUAAAACGGUGCUCCAUGGAUUAAUAAAUCCAUCAAAACAUGAUAUAAUAGCGGUUAUAGAAUGCUUACAAUUACUUGAUUCUAAUUAAAUCAACAUAUUUCAUCAGUAAGUUUGAGGAGUGAUUAAAUUGAUUUUUAAAUGUGUCUUCAUAAAACAUAGUAGUUUCAAAUCAGUGUUUUGUUCCGAAUUGUCCCAAAAAUGACUGUUACCUAUACAAGUCAGGUGACUACAAGUACCGGUAUUGGAUGCUUCUUGAAACUUUUAAGAAGAUGGAGAGGCAGCAUUUACAAAAUAGUGUGGGCAGAUCUUCUCCUCUUUCUUGGAAUAUACUAUGUACUGAAUCUAAGUUAUUUAUAUGCAAUGGAUGAACAUGCUAAAGGGCAUUUUGUAAAAGUUGUAAAUUAUUGUGCAAAGAAUGGAAACCUGAUACCACUAAGUUUCGUUCUGGGUUUCUUUGUGAAUAUCGUUUAUAGUAGAUGGUGGAGUCAGUUUCUGGCUAUUCCAGGUCCUGAUAACUUGGCCUUGUUGAUUGGAGCACACAUAAAAGGACAGGAUGAACGAGCGAGAAUUGUUAGAAGGACGAUAGUGCGUUACGUAUGUGUCGCCUUCACUAUAACAUUAACGAUGAUGUCACCGAAGGUGAAAAAGCGAUUCCCAACGUUAAAUCAUUUUCUCGAUGCCGGGCUUAUUACGAAAGACGAAAAGCAAAUUAUGGAAGAUUUGGAUAAGGAAUAUCCCAUUUAUUCCAAAAACUGGUUACCUUUGGCUUGGGCAGCAAAUGUUACUACAAGAGCCAGGCAUGAAGGUAUAAUAAGAGAUGAUUCAUCAGUGAGGGCCAUCCUGGACCAAAUCAAUAUUUUCAGAACGAGAUGCGGAGAACUGUUGGCUUAUGAUCGAAUAAGUGUACCACUGGUUUACACCCAAGUUGUUACGAUAGCAGUAUACAGUUACUUUUUAAUUACGGUAAUUGGUAAUCAAUUUAUAGAAGUAGAGGAAAAGUAUGUUGACAGACUUAUAUUCAGUUUUCCUUUCAUGCCUGUUUUGGAAUUUUUCUUCUAUAUGGGAUGGCUGAAAGUAGCUGAAACAUUAAUAAACCCUUUUGGAGAAGACGAUGAUGAUUUUGAAGUGGUUUGGAUGAUCGAUCGGAAUAUACAGGUUUGUUAUUUACUCGUAGACAAAAUCCACCAAGAUCACCCCAAAUUAAUGAAAGACUACUACUGGCAACAAACAGCUCCAGAUACUUUACCAUUCACGGUAGCUUCUCAACAGUACAUGAAAGAAGUUCCAAUUCAGUCAGCUGAAAACCUUCAAGUUAAAAAGACUGAUCAGGAUAUUAUUAUUCCAGAGGCACAUGGAACUCACCAACAUGAAUCCCUAUGGUCUAAGUUAGGUCAAAGAAUUUUCAAAAAAUCAAGACAUGGUGAUCGUGGUUAUAGUUUAAGAAGAAUCGCCAUUGACGAUAAUGCCGACUUUUUCGACGAGAUAAAUACUUAUGAAGAAGAAGGUCCAAACAAAAUUCAAUUUCCAAAGUUUCCAGCAACAAGACGCAACGACAACGCAGAGGAAUUCGAGUGUCUAAGAAAAGAAAGACUAGAACAACAACGACAAAAGCUUCUAAAAUAUAUUGAAUUGCUGAAAAACAAUAAAGACAAAACCGAUAGUGACGCAAAAAUUGUUAAAGAAAUAAUUAAAUAAUAAAACACAUUUUUAAUAAUGAUAUGCUUUAUUUACUACUUCUCAACCUAAUACAGUUACACAAAAAUCUACAAGGCCUCUCAUUCCAUGUUAGAAUCUUUAACUUUGUAACUUAUCAAUCUAUUAUAUAGGUUACUGGAAAUGAAAUUGAAAUUAUUCGUUAUGUUGGUAUGUAUUAUCUAUUCACAAUCCGAUGUCCAAAGGUAAAGAUAAAAUUUAUUUUCUCGAUGCUAUUUGAUAGAGAAAGGUGAUAAAUUCACCUUUACCUCUGGACUACGGAUUGUGAAUAGGAUAUAUUUAUAAAAUUCUUAUGGCUAUUGAUUAUAAUAUUUUUUUAGGAAUCAAACAAUAUUUGGAUAAAUAUUAAAACCAAAGAUUAUGAUACAUUCAAUAAUUUGAUGUUAUGAAGCAAAAAUAGUAUACGGAGUGACCCAGAUAGAAAACAAACGUCAAAACUUUGAAAGAUAUGAAGGUGGUUUUAAGUUAAACUCAAUUUUGAAUCUUCCAAAAACCGAAAAGUUUUGAAGUUUCUCGUUAAACUAGAAGUACAGGUAUCUGGACCACUAUACAGGCAUAAUUAUUAGGCAACUAAAAUAUAACCAAUACAAUAUUACCUUCAUGAAUUCAGUAUAUACGUUUCAAGCUAUAUAAAUUGUGUUUUUAGUUUUAUAUUUACUAAAACUACGCUACCGCUCACUGAUUUAUUCCCAGAUUUUUCAAAACUAUCGAAAACAAUGUUUAAUAAGUCCAAUUAUAUAAAAGGGGUAUAAUGAAUGACUGAUUGCUGUUUAAUAUAAACAGAAUUCAUUUUAUAAAUAAAAACUUAGAUUUUCGUUUAGAUAUUCUAGUUUGGCAACGUUGCAAACUCCACUUGUUAGGCCUUCUAGUCAUAUUCUAAGUUUUUAAGAGGUUUUUUAAAAACCUGAUCUUUAGAUCAGAAUUACUUGUCUAGGCAAAGUAAAUAGUUACUAUACAGGUAUGGUAGAGCACAUUCUGCUAUUAGAGACUAAUGGGUGUCUUAUGUUGAUACACUUAUUUCCCAUAAUGUUAUUAUGAUAGGCAUUAGAACCUCCAUUAUUUUAGCCCCACUUCUUAAAAAUUCAAGUUUUUUAAAUUUCGAUCUUUUGUAAGUGAUUUCUUUGAUGGGUGCCGCUUCAGGUGAAACAUACUUAUAGGUCAUUGAAUUAUCAUAAAAUGGCAAAUUGACUUUACAAGAGAUUUUAAAUAAGGUUGUUCGGCAAUAUUUUUAAUUAAGUGGAUUUUUGUCUGAAUAUCAUUGCAUUGAAAGGAAAAAAUCAAAACUAUCAAGUAGUUUGACCCUUUCUCUUGAAAUAUUUGCCAUUUGGUUGGACUCUUUGUGAAAGCUUGAAGAGUUAGAUGUUUCAAAACUGAUACCUAAGCAAAAAGGGGAAACUUUUUUUAAGGUCACCUUUUCUGUUUAUUCUCUAAUCAAUGGUUAUUAUUUCAGCAUACAAUUUGAUUUUCAUUUUGUUUUUCCUAAACAACAAAUUAUCAAUCACUUCAUAUUCUAUACGAUCAAUUUACUAGCACUCGCCUCAAAAGAUUAUUAGUAUUGAAAAUUUUUGUUGAAAAUCAAAGGGUAGGUAUAUCUUUAUUUUCUUUUAAAAGUACUCCCAUGCCGAAUUCUACAUCGUUUUUCAAAAGAUAAAAGGUAGGUAGGUACUAUUAUUCUAUAGUAAGCAACAAUUAAGUAGCGGAACGUCCCAUUGAGAUGGUUCCAUUGAGCCUCUAUUAGGAAGACAAAGAUGUUAAAACUAAGUUGCUUUUUCAUAAGCUCACACCAAGAUACAAAAAGUAUAUAGGGUUAUUCAAAAUCAUUCACCCAAUCUCAUAACGCUUCAUUGCAAGCAGUAUCUUUCAAACAUAAUAUAUUAUGUGGCAGGUAGAGAAUGUAAGUGUCGUGAUGACAACCCCCGCUUAAUAUGUUCUAUUGGCGCACACGCGCAGAACAUUGAUUGGCCCAUCACGACGGCCCAGCUGACGAGCCUGUCUGCGACAGCCGAACUAAGAAAUUACCGUUUAUUUUAUGUAUCCCCAAAAGUAUCGUUGUAAACCAAUAAAUAUCGUACCAAAGGACUAAAAGAAGCUGAAGUUUUAUUUAAGGGCUUCAGGACAUUACAGUGGCGAUCAGUGCCUCAGAUGGCUUUGCGAUAGGCACUGUAUAGUAUAUAGCGCGACUGAACAGCAGUAAGGUUCUGGAUAAAUGGAUAAUUAGUACAGUGCAGCAUGCAUUAAGUCGAAGUUAUGGUUUUGAUCCUCCUGAUGCUUAGAGCAUCGGAAGGUGGUAACAGCAAUUUCAUCUGGGGACAACCACGAACAUGUGAAGCCUGAGCAUUCCAACCAACCCUAGCAGUACGAAAUUUAAUGACUGUUUGGCAUGGAUUGGAACAAAGCUACGGUUAUGAAGAUGGAGUACCACCACUAUUGCUAUUUGUAUAUUUCCGGUUUCCUCAAUGAGGUACUCUUCUGUAAGAUUAGUCGCAGAGGACUCAAUAGUUGUCUCCCUAGGUCACCAGAGCUUACACCGUGCCACUUUUUUUUUGGAUGGUAUUAUUAUGAAUACUAAAAACAGUGAAAACCCAUCAGCUGUGCUAAGAACACGCAUUGUUGAAUCUGCGAAUUCAGUGAUAAGUCAUAAGCUGGAACUAUAAUGGGCUGAUCUCGACAUCUAUGGGAAGUCCUAUAAAGUGUGGGACACGUCACAUUAAUACUAACUAAUUCAUAUUUUCGAACUUCCAAAUGAAGUUAUUUGAGAAAAAGAUGAAUGAUUUUGAAUAACUUGCUUCUUUAAAGAAUUUGCAGUGUUUCAAUUCAGAUUGUGUAAAUUACACCUCUAUUUGGCCAAUUGAAUAGCAAACGUUUUAAGAGUUAAAUGAAUACUUUAACUGGUUAAUAAAUCACACAAGUCUUAGGUAAAGGGUACACUUCUACAAAUAAUUAGUUUUUAUUUGUUUCUAAAUUCACUCAAUUGCUGUGAGAUAUGUCAAUUGAAAUAUUUUCUUCUCUACGGUAACAUUCAGUCUUUACCACUAAUUUUUGUUGUAGUUCAAAGGGACAAAAUCUCGCUAAUUUUACUUUUUUUUUUUGGUCGAUGACGUUCUCAUCUAAAAAGAAAAGUGUGCGCACAUUUGUUUUUAUUUGUAACAAAUGCGCCCAAUCUUUGUCUUUGUCUUACUAGUGAUCUACCUACAAAACAUAUAAAAAUAUAUUUAACGAGACAUACAAGAUUAAAUACAUGUUAUAACAAGAUGUUGAUUUUCUAAAUUACAAAAUAUGUAUUUCAAUUAUUCUAUUUCCAGGGUACCGCUAAAGACACUUACUGAUUACACAAUUUUAAGGAAGUUUCUAAAUUCUAUAUUCCUACAAGAUAUUUAAAAUAUAUUUUAUUAAUAUUUUUUGUCAACGUUUUUUAUAGUAUAGUUUCCUCAUUACUUAUUUGUUAAUAACUUCACAUAUUUAUUUUCUAGCAUUCACUUUGAUUUGCCAAAACUACAAAUUAGAAUUUAAUAAUCUCAACUAUAGCCCAAUUAAUUAAGUCAUUGUUAUAAAAAUUUUGGAAGUUUAUACUAAGUCAGUUCUAAGUUAGGUACAAAAGACUUAUGUGAAAAAGUCGACUUAUCUAGCAAUUUAUAAAAAAAAAAAAAUUAGACAAUAAAAUAUAGAGUGCCAAUUAUUGUAUUUGAAGCAUUGUAUAUUUGUACCAACAUCAGCUAAAUUCGGAAAUCAUAAGUGAAAUUCUUCUCUGUUCAAAUUUUCUGGGAGUCUUAUAUAUUGUUUGGCACAACUCUUGCUCUGAGCAUUGCAACGGUUUGGCAUGGUUCGGUGGGUGAUUCAGAAUCUGAACUGGUCAUGAAGUGCGUUUUCUGUACCGGCACUUGGUUGUCGGUGAAGUGGUUGUCCACUGCGUACAUAUUGUCUUUCAGGUAUGCAUUUGACGAAGCGAAGUGGGUUGUCGGACCU